AUACGUCUAUGACCUAAUCGAUGUGCAUCACGUGAACAAUACGAAGAUUCUCAUGUGAUGUGAUCCUCCCAGUUUUCGACAGCAAAUAAUUCGUAGGAUCUCUGAGUUUUUGCUGGUUUGCGAGUUUCCAAGAAGAAUAAUACUUAGAUAAAAAAAGGGAUAAAAAUGGGUGCAUCUGCUUUACCUGUAUUAGCUUUCACAAUACUCUGGGGCAUCGUACUAUUCCUAGGAGUAGCUUUGCCACUUUUCGUUCCCAAGGGACCAAAUCGAGGGAUACUUCAGGUUCUAUUAAUAUUGACAGGUUUUACAUGUUGGUUGUUCUGGUUGUGUUGUUACAUGGCACAAAUGAAUCCAUUGAUUGGGCCAAAAUUAGAUAAUAUAACAAUAUUAGUUAUGGCUCGAGAAUGGGGUAAUCCUAUUCCAAAUUGAUUUAAUUCUUAAUCUGAAAUGAUGAAAUUAAUUGAUUAAUGAAUUUAUCAUGGUAAAGAAACUUUGUUUCAUAUACAUAUAUCCAAUUCUCCGGCACAUAUUGCUUUUAAUAAAGCUGUAUAGUUACAAAGAUAAAACAAAAUGCUAGUACAUUGAUGAUUUGUACAAAUAGAAUCUUAUAUUGAUGUAUGAUUU